CUGAACCGACCGGUGGGUUGCGGGGACUGGAACUCGACUGGCCCCAAAAAGUGCCUUCGCUGCAAAUUCGGUUGUUGGUCUCGUUGGGUCUGCGACAUCAACAGAGCCAUUUCUGUCGCAGCCGUUGGGUGCACAGCGGCUUCCAGAAUGAAGUGGCCGGCGCGGCUCUUCGUGGUGUGCCUUUUUCCGCUCCAUGCGCUGAAGUUGCAAUCCACAAGCCGUGCAAGCCGAGUACAAAACUGCCACAUUUUCACCUUGUGGAACUACUCACGACCAGUUCCAGAGUACAUCCACUUGAACCUGCAAUCCUGGCAGUUGGCCUCCAAGGGACGCUGUGGAGCACCGGUCUUGGUGAAUCGAAGCAAUGUGAGACAAUGGAUCCCAGAUGCACCUGAGGAGCUCUUCCGAAUCCCCUAUGAAGCUGCUGAGUCGGAUGCCAUCCGUUAUGCCUUGAUCUAUCACAACGGAGGCAUCUACAUGGAUACCGACUUCCUGGCCAUCGACAUGUCGUCCAUCAUCGAUCGUAUCUCCGAUCACGACAUCAUUGGGUAUACUGCAGAAGCUCAGAACUUCACCCACGGGCAGUUUAGUUCCAACUUCCUGGCGGGGAAGAAGGGCAGCGUGGUCAUGGGAGCGAUUUGGAAGGCUCAAAAAGAGCGCAUGCAGAAGCACUGUCCUGCAGAGAUGGAACCAAAGUCUGGAAUGUGCUGCUACGACGACCCGCAGCGCGCGUGCUCCGUGCGCUGGGCGGGGCUCGGAGAGGGGAUCUCGCACCCGGCGCUGCGAGCACUGAUGAAGAGCAAGACGUCCUUCAAGAGCUUCAUCUUCUCGGGGCAUGAGAGCUUUGUGCCCGAUGGCCUGGUCGAAGUACUGAAGAAGAAGAUGAGCAAAAGCGAAGGGCUCAAAUACUGGAAGAAGCGCAAGGUGAUGAAACCUUUGUCCAGAAAAAUGUACCAUUUGUUCAAUUCUCAAGGCUUUGCAGAUGCAUAUUCCUGUGUGGACUUGACCAACGACCUCAGCGGUUCGGUGGCUGGGGAGCUCUACAAACUCAGCCAGGUGAAACGGCGCCAAGUGCCGCAUGGUGACCUCGUCCGGAAGUGUGCCAAUGAUGGAAUGAGCAGAGUGUUCCUUCAUCCGAAACUUCACUCCGUGCUGCGUCACGCGGGCCUUGUGUGCGAAACCGCUCGGAGGUUUGCCUGUAAUGGGAGUGGCGAAACCAACCUGGAGACCAUGAUGCAAACACAGUAUGAGGUUCAAGAAGUGUCAUCCUCCAUCAGAUGCAAUUCGCUUGCAAGAGAUGGCAGAAUCAGCUGGGCCAAUUGUUUUGAUCUUGUUGGAACUUGUUGGAUAUGUUCUGCGAAACGAUUGCUGGACACAAACCUGAGUUAACGUGCGCAAAGCGACAGGUUUUCCCAAGUGCAAGCGUCGGGCAUUCGAAGUGCAGCGCCGUGUUUAUCCGUGGUUCCCUGGUUCGGGGUUUGCACCCUCCUUGGUCGUUUCCCACCCUCUUUGAGGAAGAGUUUAAGGAGGUUAAGGCCUUUUCAGCCAACAUGUCCGGGUCAUUGUAGAUCGCAUGACGGGAUUGGCAGGAUAUAUUGAUGUGAUAUGCAAUGUUAUAGAACUGAAAUGAACUGACCGAAUUCAUGUUAAGGUUGACCAUGUUUCAUGUUGUUCAUCUCUCUCUCUCUUUGCGGGUGGUUUGUGUUAUCUUUUAGUUGCUUCUCAGUGGGUGAAGGUUCUGUAGAUGCAACCGUUUCUUCGGUUUUGCUUCACUUCGAUGCGCCGAAGAUGAACGAACCUGAAAACUACUGGGUUGGCAUUCGGAAAACCCUGGGCUUUUCAAGCGUAUCCUCUAGUGAGAGGUCAAGAAGGACGCUGCAUAGCAGCCCUAUCAGCCAGCCGGUCUGCACGAACUCGUGUCAAUACCACUAGCAGUUUCCGCUUCCAAUGAACCAAACUGGCUCAGAGGUCCAAUCGAAACCAUCGAAACCCUGGCACUCUGCCCAGCAAGCGGCGGCGACGCGUGACGAGUGACGCCGACGCUUUUUGUCCGUGAUGAGGUGGAGAACAUGACUUUGGAGGUGAUCCACUGUAUGGCGUCUCGAAGCACUGCUUCUGUGCAGACAGACCCUGACCGCUUCCGACCGCUUCCGGCCGAUUCCGCGCACACCGCGGAACAAAGAGCGGAGCGAGCUCCGUGUGGAGCUGAGCUGCGGCGAUGGUGAAAG